AUGGCCUCUUCCCCGGCGGAAGCCGAGGCGGAGGCGGGGACACCGGCCCCGCCCGAGCAUGCGGCGGAGGAGGCGAAGGAGAAGGGCAAGCGGGGCGGGGUGCUGGGGAGGGUGUGGCGGGCGCUCUUCGGCGGCCGCGAGGACUUCGAGAAGCGGCUGCAGUACCUGUCCAAGGAGGAGGCCGCCGUGCACGCGUGGAUGCGCCGGCGGACGCAGUUCUCGCGCCGCGCCGUGCGGAACCUCAUCGUGCUCUCCGUCCUCUUCGAGGUGUUGGCUGUUGUUUAUGCCAUCAUGAUGACAAGAGAUGAGGAUCUAACUUGGCAAAUGAGGGCAAUGCGAGUGCUGCCUAUGUUCAUUCUUCCUGCUGUAUCCUCUGUCAUAUAUUCAGCAGUUGUUAACUUCACAAGGAUGCUUGAGCGGAAAGACCAGAAGACCCUUGAAAAAUUGAGGGCUGAGAGGAAAGCCAAGAUUGAUGAGCUUAAAGAGAGAACAAAUUAUUAUCGUACCCAACAGCUUAUUCAGAAAUAUGAUCUUGAUCCAGCCGCAAAGGCUGCAGCAGCUUCAGUUUUGGCAUCUAAGCUUGGGGAGGAGACUGGCUUAAAAUUUCAUGUUGGAGAAGAACCAAAGCUGGAUGCUGCAGUGGCUAGAAGCAAUGAUGUUAAGAUAGUACCGUCAGAUGGUUUGAGAAACAGGAAGCAACCCAAUGCAAGAGGAAGCAGGACUGGGAGCCCUGCUGCUCAUACCCCAGCACAGGGAACUGAAUCUAAUCUACCUGCUAGUGCUGGCCUGGAAACUGCACCAGUUCCAAUGGUGGUAGAGCAUCAUCAAGGCUCAGCGGCUAGUGAUGGUGGUGGAUGGAUUGGAAAGAUUGCUGCCUUACUUGUGGGGGAGGACCCAUCACAGUCUUAUGCUUUGAUAUGUGGCAACUGCCAUAUGCAUAACGGCUUGGCCCGAAAGGAAGAUUACCCACAUGUUACUUACUACUGCCCACAUUGUCAUGCAUUAAACACAUCAAAGCAGUCCAUGGGGCAAUACUCAGGCUCCAACUCAGGCCGGUCAACCCCUGUUGUCCUGGCUGAUGGAUUAUCCACUUCCAGUUCAGUACAAGAGACUGAAUUGAGUAACCUGACGACAUUGCAGGAGCUACCUGAGGAAGGAAAUGCAGAGAAGCAAGAAGUGGAGGCAAGUUGA